AUGGCGCCAUGUGUGGGAUGUGGAGAAGGUGAAUGCGUAUUUCGUAAAGAUGCACUGACAGAUAUUUGCGAAUUAAUAACGGGUGACGCGGAGCUGCACACGAUGUUCAGAGUUGAUGGAGAGAGAGUGGCCUGCCCGCUAGAAGGACCGUUUCGAUUCUCCUAUGACAAUGGCUUCGGUGCGUGUGCCGACCCCAUGUCGCACAUAGACAAAUGCGCAGACGAUAGCAAACUGAAGCUGAGCUAUCAAGCUUGCGCCGAUAUCCACCAGUCGGAACAUAAAAGUGAGCAGUUAGAAUGUCUCGCAACGUGGCAAGAAGGAUCGAGGAAUUACCUAGUCGGACGACGCAGCAGCAGAAACAUUCUGACGGACGAGGAGAGCUUUCGCUGCUUCAUGUACCGUUCCACCGAAAAGGGUUUUGCCGUGGCGCAGUCCGCCGACGCCAAGUGCCGUGGCCUAGAAUCAUCGUCGUACAGCCUAGAGCUACAGACACGAAGCUACCCGCCAGCUGCCUGUUUUCUUCCGUCGUGGAUGACGGCGUUUGGCGAGUGGCAGACGCUAGACGGUCGCCAUGGCUACCAGCUCAACGAGAAUCGACUCAGUGGGUUCAGAAAGCUCAUUGUGCGCAACGGCAGAGUGCUGCACGCCGACAGCUGUUUAGAGAUACGAAAUGAGACGAACGCUGGCGCGAUCUUACUCUCGUUCACGCUAGAAGGCUGCCGCAAUGGUUAUAUGUGUCACAAGAUUUAUAACCGCGCCCAUCAAAUCUUGGAAAUUGAAUCAGGUUUAUUAACAGCGGAUAAGGCAGACGCUUGUGACGAAAGUAGCUUUACAAACUCACAUUUAGAGACAUUAUUACCAGUGUCUAGUCUGGCUGAUAGCGAGUGCCCGCAUCGCGGGAGGUACGCCCUGUCCUCGAUGAGAGACGAGGUGAACUGCGAAGAUGCUGAGUCUACGUUGGAUUUCGGGUGCCUCGAUGGACACACCAUCACCAUUAAACAGGCAUGCGACAGCAAGAGACCCGAUCGCUCAUUGUCGAACCCUCUAAUACAAGGUUCGUGA